UUUCAUAAAAAUGGCAUCUCGUGGAGGUCCCAUGGUAUCAGGGACAGAUGGCAACGAUUUCGAGUAUAGGCAACGGGUAGCUGCACCACAUCAAAUUAGUUUGUUAAAUAAAUCACGACUGAAAUACUGCAUUUUCUUUCAUGCACUGCUAUUUUUUGUAAUGUUAGCCAAGCUAACCUCGGACAUAUUGGAUCGUUUGGAUAUAUUUGUGCUGGAAAUUGAGGAAUUGGAAGUGCCCGCUCCAUUAUGGUGGGAAUACAUAUGGCUGGCCUCAUUGUUGACCUCAUUUUUGGGCCUGUCAGCGGCCAAAAGUAAUAAAAUACGUGAAAUGCAAAAAUAUAUGAUUGCAUUGGGUUUGUUUGCUGUCAUGCCUUUGAUGUACUGUUUCAUCUAUUAUUUUGCCGAUGUAUGGGAGUAUUUGACGUUGGAUGAUAAAUCGGAAUUGGAUGAGACUGGCAUAUUUUUGUGGAGGGGUCUUCCUUAUGGUUUGUUAUGGUAUGCUUUCUGUUUUGUGGGUUUCCAAAUACAUGGCUUUACUUUGUAUUUCUCCUAUAACUUGGUUAAAGCCUGGAAGGCACGCACUGCCGCUAGGAAAUAUCAAUAAAUUUAUAAUUUAUUUAUGUUUUUUUUUUCUCUUACGUUUAACUUUUCGGGGUUUCUUUUUUUUAUAUA